AUGCAGAGUGGCUCCGUCUCCCGCGCGCAGACCCCUGAGGGCAUGCACAUCAUCCCAACCUUGACGGUCAAGUCUCCCUCCAUGGACUUCACGGAUUCGACCACCGACGACGGCUGCCGCACUCCCUCGGAGCGCGAGAGCAACCACUCGGGUGAGGCCAACCUGCCGAACAUGAAGCUGAUCUUUGGCCUGAUGGAGCGCGGCCUCCCAUCCCUCCAGCGCGGAUGGCGCACGCCCGAUCCCUCUCCGACCCGCACCGGCCUUCCCAAAUGCGCCGCCUACACGGAGUUCAUCGAGGAGUCGGACGAGCAGCAGCCUACUCCUCGCUGCGCUCGUGGCCGCCAGCUGGAGGAGAAGGGACGCUCCCCAAGCCCUGCUCAGCAGCCAUGGCUGCGUUUGCAGACGCCCUCACCAGAGCCGCCGUUGCCGAUGCCCGCCUUGUCCCAAGAGUUCAUGAACUCCUUCAUGCAGGCGUGUGCACCCAAGGCUCCACGUAGCCCAUGGGCUGACAUGACAGACAAUGAAGAAGUGAACGAGGAACCCGCCGAGGAGGUGAAUGAGGCGACCGGCAUGCAGUACCCCCUUUGUGUUUCCUUUGGUUCGCGAGGCCAUCCCUACAGCUGCGGCCCAGCCUGCAAGUACGCCUCCAAGGGCAAAGGCUGCAAGGACGGGGCCAACUGCGACCAUUGCCACCUCUGCAAGUGGAAGAAAGCCGCUGCUGCCCCUCGCGCCGCUCGCGGCCGCGCCCCCAAGCCCAACCGCCGUGGCAAGCAGGGCCAGCAGGCGCCGUGA